GAAUUGCCCAUAUACAGCUGUGUAGUAGGUUGACUCACCUGAUUGUCAAAUUUGAGGGACUGGGUGCCCACAAGGAAUCGAAUGGCAUCUGAUUCAGCUGUCUGGGAAGACACCGUACAUUUCCCUUCCUGGAAAACUAACGCAGGCGCACUAUUGCCGUAACUGUCAUCGUUCCUAAGCAAAGGGCAAAGAAUCAUGGACAACAGCGAGACUCCUGCCCAGAGGCCAGUCACUCUUGACAUCACAGGGGCAGUGGAGGUUAAACCAAGCCUGAGUGAAGCCCCUAUCUCUCCUCAGCCAUCCCUCCUUCCCUCCUCUGAUGUCCAUUUCCAGGAGGAGAGCAUCGACCUGGGGGGCGAGUCCUUCAUCACUCCCGAGGAGGACAGCCACAGCACGCCCUCAGAGAGCCUGAUGGACAAGCUCAAUGACCAGAUGAUGGAGAGUGUCAUGAUCUCUGACUCCCCCAACAACAGUGAGGAGGAUGAUGUGGUUCCCAUGGACAACCUGCUGGAGCAGUUUGAGGAGAGGGAGGAGGAGCCAGCAGCAGCAGUGUUUAAAGAAACCUUAGUGGAGGAAGAGGAGGAGGAGGAGGAGGAGGUGGAGGAGAAAAUGGAUGAUCUGAUUGGACAAGACACUACUGAGAUCAAGAUAGAGGCAGCGAUGAUGCAGACAAGUCCAGUAGCCUCUAGUCCUGAGGAACCAUUGGAGAAUGUGAAACAGAAGCUAACCACUGAUGACCAGGACGUUAUCACUGUCUCUGUCUCUGCUGUAACCCCAGAGGACAGCACCCCCAGCUCAGGCAGCCCCAAGCCUGAGGCAGCAGCCCUGGAAGCUAGCAGCAAAGAGACCACAUCUAAGGAUGAAUCCAUCCCUGUGUGCACCAUAUUCAGCCAGGGCAGCCAUCCCAAAGCCCAGGCCCUGGUGCCGGAUGGCUUCCAGCCUACCCUCAUUAAAUCUCCCAGCUUCAGUAGUAGCACCGGGGGGAGCACAGAGAUUACCCCCAGUCAACUGGCUCCCCUGGUCUGCCAGCCCAGCCCCAGCCUCAGCAAGUUUUUCUCUGACAGUGGCCAUGUCAACCCGGCUACUGACUUCUUUGACUCCUUCACUACUUCCUCCUUCAUCUCUAUCAGCAACCCCAACGCAGAGUCCCCAAAGUCAGCCGCCCCACCCGAACGCCAGCUCUCUGCUUCCUCUGGGUCCUCUCUGUCCACCUCUGGGCUUACGGAGUCCGGCAUCCUCACCCCUAGCUCCUUCAUUGGGCCUACCCAGACUGAAGCCACCCCCAGGCCUCUUCAACAGGCUCCAGUAGAGCCAGCCCCGGCCACAGCCCCUCCUCAGCCAUUCACGCAGCUGCAGGCUGUGUUCUCGGGGGGAGAUGACCCGUUUGCCACGGCACUGAACAUGAGUGAGGCUGAUAAGAGGUACGAUGCCUGGCUGCCUUCUGAGGAGACCAGGAAGGUGCUGAUCUCCAUGGCAACGCAGCACUACAGCCAGGUGUUUGUGGAGAGGGAGAGACUGGCCAUGCCCGGACUCAAGUUUGACAACCUGCAGGGUGAUGCUGUGAAGGAUCUGAUGGUGCGUUUAAUGGGGGAGCAGGCGGCUAUGAAGAGACAGGUCCUUACAGCGAACUCUGUAGAACAGUCCUUCCUGGGCCUCAAACAACUCAUUAGCACGAAGAACUGGCGUGCUGCGGUGGACCUGACAGGCAGACUGCUGACAGCUCAUGGUCAGGGCUACGGUAAGGCUGGCCAGCCCUCCAGCCACAACACUGACUCACUACAGCUGUGGUUUGUUCGCCUGGCCCUGCUCACCAAGCUGAGCCUGUUCCAGAACGCUGAGAUGGAACUGGAGCCGUUUGGAAACCUGGACCAACCUGACCUCUACUAUGAAUACUAUCCUACCGUAUACCCUGGGAGGAGAGGCUCCAUGGUUCCGUUCUCGAUGCGGGUGCUGCAUGCAGAGCUGCCUCAGUACCUGGGGAAACCACAGGAGUCUCUGGACAGACUACACAGCAUGAGGACCGUCUGUCAGACCAUCCUGGAUAACCUUGAGCAGGGCUUGGCUGAGGACGGCAGCAUGAUCAACCUCACCCAGGAGAACAGACAAGCAUCUCUUCAGCUGUGGAAGUCUCGUCUGAGUCGGGUCAUGUACGCCAUGGCGAACUGUCUGCUCAUGAUGAAGGACUAUGUUCUGGCUGUAGAGACAUAUCACUCCAUCGUCCAGUACGAGCCUCAGCAGAAAGUACAGCUGCUGAGUGGGAUAGGACGCAUAUUCCUGCAGAUUGGAGACAUUAAAACAGCCGAGAAGUAUUUCCUAGAUGUGGAGAAAGCCUCUCUGGAGAAGGGAAGUGGAACUACAGACACAUGCGUUUUGAUGAACAGGGCCUUCAUCUACCUCAGUCAGAACAACUACUCAGAGGCACACUCCUCGUUCGCAGAGGUCCUAAAGAUCGACCCCAAAAACCCUGUGGCGAAUAACAAUGCAGCCGUGUGCCUGUUGUACCUGGGCCGUCUGAAGGAGUCGCUGAGACAGCUGGAGGGCCUGGUGCAACAGGACCCAGCCCUGUACCUCCACGAGAGCGUCCUUUUCAACCUGACCACCAUGUACGAGCUGGAGUCGUCCCGCUCCACCCAGAAGAAACAGGCCCUUCUGGAGUCAGUGGCCUGCCGAGAGGGAGACAGCUUCAACACACAGUGCCUCAAACUGGUGUAGAGGGAACCAGGGAGGUAUGGGACCCUUGUAGGUCACAAGAUUAGAGCAAAACAUUUGCAAGAACAGGGGGCCAUCAGGAGUGUGACCUAGGCUUGAGUGUCAUUACACUCCACUAAACAACAUGGGCAUUACCCUGCCUGAACUCCAGAGCAGGCACACACAACUGUCCUCACAGCACAGGCAAAUCCACUCCCCAUAUUAUACUAGUAGUGAUGGAAAUGAUGAUGAUUGUGUAACUCACAAGUGAAUGCUGAUAGGAUAUCUAUGUGAAUACAUACAGUAAUGUUUUUAGACAAGGCAGACAUUUUGUAUUCCUGUGUGAUUAAGACCUGAAUAAAUCAUGUUAUUUUGUCCUGUAAAAUCAACCACACUUAAAGGGUCUUCUGUAACUUUUUGAAUUUGAGGGUCAAUGAUUGACUUGGCUCAGGAUCCACCCCUCUCCACAAAAGGAAUGUAAAAUAGAUAUGGAAUAAUUCAACUGUACAUAUUAUUAUUCGUAGGGAAAAUAUAUUAAUGGAAAGUGUUAAAUUACUUAAAAGAUCAUUAGGAUAAUUAAAUAAGUGAUUUAAGUAUAACUGUUUGUUUACAUGUUGUGGUGUUUACCUGAUUUUGUUGAAGUGUACUGUAUUGCUCUGGAUGUGAGAAAAGGAAUCUUGUUUAUCCAAAUAAACUGAACAUGGUGUAGACCUUU